GAGCUACGCCACGGUAGGGUGGGUUAUAGCACCAAAAGCACUCAGGAACAGUGUCGGCGAAUGCAGUCCCACACACAGGGUGCCGCAGUAGACAGCCUCCCAACCAUUUUUGGACAAUAGCGGACGCUGAGAGUCAUCUGUAUCCUACCGGGCCAAGGAGAAUUUGGCUCACCACGACCAUUUUCGUUGUCUGGAGACUCGUACAAGGGCACACGUCCGUAGCUGUCGGUUGCUACCUGAACUAGUUACUCAAUUAUUCCCCUAUUGGCUGUUUUUAGAGAGCCGGUCGGCGGCACCUUACAGCGGCGUUAAGUGUGAAGCUGUACGGAAGGAACCGUCAUCAGCUAUGGAGAACGCUCACACGAAGAGUGUGGAAGAAGUUUACAGUUAUUUCUGCGUCAACGAGAGCACAGGACUCUCUCUGGACGAGGUGAAACGGCAGCGAGAGAAAUGGGGCCUGAACGAGUUACCAGCAGAAGAAGGGAAAUCUUUAUGGGAGCUUGUCCUUGAACAGUUUGAAGAUUUACUUGUGCGAAUUCUUCUGUUGGCUGCCUGUAUUUCUUUUGUCCUGGCAUGGUUUGAGGAGGGAGAAGAAAGCAUUACAGCCUUUGUGGAACCUUUUGUAAUUUUACUCAUUCUUAUUGCCAAUGCCAUUGUUGGUGUGUGGCAGGAACGCAACGCUGAAGAUGCCAUUGAGGCGCUGAAGGAGUAUGAGCCUGAAAUGGGCAAAGUGUAUCGGCAGGACAGGAAGACAGUCCAGCGGAUCAAGGCCAGAGAUAUUGUUCCUGGAGACAUUGUCGAGGUCGCUGUUGGAGAUAAAGUGCCUGCUGAUAUCCGUAUCUGUUCAAUCAAAUCAACAACCUUAAGAGUGGACCAGUCAAUUCUAACUGGGGAGUCUGUCUCCGUCAUCAAACACACAGACCCUGUCCCUGACCCUCGUGCUGUCAAUCAGGACAAAAAGAACAUGCUCUUCUCUGGUACCAACAUUGCUGCCGGGAAGGCUGUGGGUGUGGUCGUGGCCACAGGCGUUAACACAGAGAUUGGUAAGAUCCGCGAUGAGAUGGCGGCCACCGAGCAGGAGAAGACACCCUUGCAACAGAAGUUGGAUGAGUUUGGCGAACAGCUGUCCAAAGUCAUUUCCCUCAUCUGCAUUGCGGUGUGGAUCAUAAACAUUGGCCAUUUCAAUGACCCUGUGCAUGGAGGCUCCUGGAUCCGAGGGGCUGUCUACUAUUUCAAGAUUGCCGUGGCGCUGGCUGUGGCUGCCAUCCCUGAAGGUCUUCCUGCUGUCAUCACCACCUGUUUGGCUCUGGGCACCCGCCGCAUGGCCAAGAAGAAUGCCAUUGUCCGAAGUUUGCCCUCUGUGGAAACACUGGGCUGCACAUCUGUCAUUUGUUCUGACAAGACAGGAACCCUGACCACCAAUCAGAUGUCUGUUUGCAGAAUGUUCAUUGUCAACAAAGCUGAAGGUGACAGCUUCUCGCUGUCGGAGUUUACCAUCACAGGUUCCACCUAUGCACCUGAGGGAGACGUAUACCAGGAUGGUAAACCUGUGAGAUCCUCCCAGUAUGAUGCCCUGGUUGAACUGGCCACUAUCUGUGCCUUGUGUAAUGACUCCUCGCUGGACUUCAAUGAGGUGAAAGGAGUGUACGAAAAGGUUGGCGAGGCGACAGAGACGGCGCUGACCUGUCUGGUGGAGAAAAUGAACGUUUUUGACACCGAAGUCCAUAACCUGUCAAAGAUUGACAGAGCGAAUGCAUGCAACUCGGUGAUCAAACAGCUGAUGAAGAAGGAGUGCACUCUGGAGUUCUCUCGGGACAGGAAGUCCAUGUCUGUCUACUGCACCCCCAAUAAGUCCCGUUCAUCCUUGGGCAAAAUGUUUGUGAAGGGGGCACCAGAGGGUGUUAUUGAGAGAUGCACCCAUGUCAGAGUGGGUAACAGCAAAGUUCCCCUCAGCAAAGGCAUCAAGGAAAAGAUCAUGUCUGUAAUCCGUGAGUACGGUACCGGCCGUGAUACGCUGAGGUGUCUGGCUCUGGCCACACGGGACAGCCCACCUAAGAUGGAGGACAUGAUACUGUCCGACACAGCCAAAUUCUCUGAGUAUGAGUCCGACCUGACCUUCGUGGGCUGUGUCGGCAUGCUGGACCCUCCUAGACAGGAGGUGGCGGCGUCCAUCAAGCUCUGCCGCCAGGCUGGCAUCCGUGUCAUCAUGAUCACUGGAGACAACAAGGGCACAGCUGUGGCUAUCUGCCGCCGCAUCGGCAUCUUCUCUGAGGAUGACGAUGUCGAGCACAUGGCCUUCACAGGACGAGAGUUUGACGAGCUUGCGCCCAACGCACAGCGCGAGGCUGUAACUCACGCGCGCUGCUUCGCACGCGUGGAGCCUUCACACAAGUCCAAGAUCGUCGAGUUCCUACAAGGAUUUGAUGAGAUCACCGCUAUGACGGGAGACGGCGUGAACGAUGCCCCUGCCUUGAAGAAGGCAGAGAUUGGUAUCGCCAUGGGCUCUGGCACUGCUGUGGCCAAGUCAGCCUCCGAGAUGGUCCUCGCCGAUGACAACUUCUCUUCCAUCGUGGCUGCUGUUGAGGAAGGCCGCGCUAUUUACAACAACAUGAAGCAGUUCAUCAGAUACCUGAUCUCCUCCAAUGUAGGGGAGGUGGUCUGCAUCUUUCUUACUGCAGCACUGGGCUUCCCUGAGGCACUGAUCCCAGUUCAGCUACUAUGGGUUAACCUGGUUACCGACGGCCUCCCUGCGACCGCCCUGGGUUUCAACCCACCAGACCUUGACAUCAUGGAGAAGCCUCCCCGUAACGCUAAAGAACCUCUCAUUUCUGGAUGGCUCUUCUUUCGAUACCUGGCCAUUGGUGGGUAUGUGGGGGCUGCUACAGUGGGGGCUGCAGCCUGGUGGUUUACGCUGUCAGAAGAUGGACCCCAAAUCACGUUAUACCAGCUGAGUCACUUCCUCCAGUGUGGCCCUGACAACCCAGAGUUUGACGGCCUGGACUGCGAGGUGUUUGAGUCCCCCUACCCCAUGACCAUGGCCCUGUCCGUGCUCGUCACCAUUGAGAUGUGCAACGCUCUGAACAGCCUGUCAGAGAACCAGUCCUUGCUGAGGAUGCCCCCCUGGGAGAACGUUUGGCUGCUGGGUGCCAUCUGCCUCUCCAUGUCGCUUCACUUCCUCAUCCUCUAUGUGGAACCUCUGCCUGUCAUCUUCCAGAUCACACCACUGGACUCCACCCAGUGGAUGAUGGUGCUAAAGAUCUCCCUGCCUGUCAUCCUGCUGGACGAGCUGCUGAAGUUUGCGGCCAGGAACUACUUGGACUUGGGUAAACAGCCGGAGAAGCCGAGUGGUCACAAAGGCUGCUCCCUGUCUGCAUGUGCUGAGGGCAUCUCGUGGCCCUUUGUGGCCGUCUCCCUGCCACUGGUGCUGUGGAUCUACAGCACCGACACUAACGUGGCUGCAGUGUUGUGGCCCUGACUGACCUGCUCUGUGGACUUUAACACACACAUCUAACACAAACAUUAACUCUGAUACACUCCAUCCCGAUCUGACGGACAGAUCCUUGAUGUUUAGAACAUUUUUAGCAGAGGAGAGCUUGGUGGUUUAGUCAUGGUGACAUCAGGUUUUUUUGUUUUUUUAUGACGUUACAUACAGUAUGCCCACCUGGAUGCUGUGUUCAGAGAACCAUUUUUAUUCCAAAUAAUAAGAAUGUCUCUGGGGACAAGAAUAAGUAUAAUACACUGUAGAGUCAAAUACAGGUCAAAAGUAUUUAGAUUUGACUAAAAAUAUUUUUUUUCUUACAAGGCAUUUUUAUCUUGGACUCAUUUGCGUAUCUUAAAAGAUAUCUACGAAGUUGACGUAAACAUAAAAUGGGGGUGAUUUCUGUGAAAAAGCAACAUAACUGUCUAGUUGCACAAUAUUUAAAACCUGCACACAGUGACUUCCUGUUCAGUGCAAAGUAAGCUUCAAAAUAAAAGUAUGGCAGUAUUAACCUGGAUUCUACCACAGCAACUAACAAAAUGCACCCAUGUAUUAUGUUUUUCAGAUUUAAAAAUUAAGAGUUAUUAUUAAGAGUUAUGACUCUGGCCAGAGUCACAAGUAAAUGUGCAAGCAAUGGCGAGUUUUGGUGAUAUCGACAACCGCUUAUGUCAGCCAAUCCGAGGGGUGUCGACUUAAACGGGUUCUACAAAGAUGUACUAUGUGCUCAUACAUGUACUAAGAUAUAUGAGUGCUUACUUGAAGUAUACAUACUAGUAAGCAUAAAAGUGCCUGGUAAGAAGAAACGUCUUUUUCAGCCAAAAAUUGAGCAUCUUGAGUUCAUAUAUUUCAUCUUUCCACUUUCUGAGAUAUAUAACUUCAUUUCCUAAUUAGUUUUGAUGAUUUUCUGCAUUAGGCAGAGCACAGCUACCUCACUGCUCCUCAAGUUUGUCUCCACAACUCUUCUUAUUUUUUACAUACAGAGCAAGGGUGUCCAAAGUUGUUCCAUCAAGGGCGACAAACGCCUAAAUGAAAAGAUGCGGGGGCCAUUUUAAUAUUGUGAAACACACAAAAACCAAUCCAAUGUCAGUCAAAACUGAAAUAUUGUUUUCUACAUACGUUAUAAGGACCGAGUUUUGGGACCACCAGCAAAUGGGGGGGAAAAAAAAAAAUGCGAGCAAUUUAUACAGCUAUAAAAAUUUCUAUUUUUGCCACAAGGCUCACUCCCCCGCCUCCAAACCCUCCCGCUUGUGUGACGCUGACGUUCUCCGAUAACAUUUGCAAUAAAAGUUCCAAUUAUUAGAUUAGAUUCAGCUUCAGAACCCUCCCCCGUCUCUCUUCAAUAUGACUUGUACACUUACUAAACACAUGGAAAAUAGAAAAUGCAUCGGCACUCACCACUAAUGAAUGAUAAUAUCGGAAGAUGAUCCAUGAACUCGCAGAAUCGGACUCAUGGUAUAGAAGUUUAUAUGUUUCACUUUUGUGUCUCACGCCAACGAAAGACUAAACAUGAGAAACGUGGGCUUUCUAAUAGCGGUACAUGUCUACGGUAAUGGCAAUGCUUUCAUUUUAUUAUAAGUCACAAUGGAAUACAUCACAUAGUUCAGUUGGCAGUUCCACAUGUCCAAAAGGAGUAGGAAGAAGCAAAGCUUACAGUAUUUAAUCCUACCCCUCGUCCAUUUCACAUCAAUUGCAAUACAUCUAUUCACUUCCUGUAUUCCCAUGUAGUCUUUACCAGUUGAUACAGUACAUGGGAAAAUGAUACAAUGGAAAAUGCUAAUGUAAUGUAGCAAUGUAGUGAUAUGAUUGUCAGGGUUUUUCUUCAAUCAUAAUAAAUAAUAAUCACACAAUUUAGUAUAAUAGUAAAUAACUCAGUUGAAAUAGAGAUAGCUGUACUUAGUUGUAAUAAUAGGUGAGUACUGACAAUGAACUCACAAGAAUGAAGAGUAAUGAGUGUUGUAGUGGUUCAAAACUCUUCUUCCUUGUAUUUUGCAAACAUCAACUGUUUGUAUUGUUUCUUGAAUUCGUUCAUCUUGGUGCUUUGUUUGAGUUCCUUACUUAAUCCGUUCCAUAAUUUGAUUCCACGUACUGAAAUGCUGUGGCUUUUAGCGUUGUUCUCGCAUAUACGUACGUGUUUUAAGUGUAGUUUUCCCCUGAGAUCAUAUUUCUACUCUCUUGUGAAAAGUAUUGUAUGACUUUUUUGGGUAACAGUUUGUUUGCUUUAUGCAUACACGCAAGCACCAGACUUGAUAGCCACAACCACAGGCUUUUAUUGCAGGUUUGAAUGCUGUCACGACAGGCACAAUAAUCCCUAACAAGGGCUACCGUUGUGGCCGUAACCCACACCACGCUAAACUUCAACAACUCUGAAUCGCUGAUGUCACUUCCUGCCCGAACCCCCACUCAGCUCCCCUAGCACUGAAACACUUUUCCAGCAACACACGCAAGCAUGAGUCUUAUUUAUGUCCUAAAUGGCUUAUUUUCUCUUACUAAGUCUAGUAUAUUGGGUACGAGUGUAACGCCAAUGGGGGUGUUAUUUCAUGUCUAGAGUGCUUUAAUGUUAAAAAUCGUAUUUAGAAGAUCGUUAACCAGUUGUUUAGGCUCUACCUAUGAAAAUAAAAGCUUAUAUCAUAAUUAUUUUAUAAUAUUAUAAAAUAUUUACAAAAAAGGAAUCCUGCUUUGUGGAAAUUAACUUCGGGUCUGGAAAAAUGAACCUCAAUUAAUGUGGGAUUACUGUACAUAUUAUAAGUUUUGUACAAUUUAAAAAGCGAAUAAAUCGUUGUUAGUGUAAUUUAUAGUCGAGGCAAUCAUAACAUUUUUUGUUUUCUUUCCAGUGUGGUUAAAAUAAGCCUUCAUAAUGUUGUAUUGCAGGCUCUUUUUAUUGGUAUUUUUUUAACAAAAAAAGAACUGCAGGCUGCAAAUGGCCCCUGGCCCAGACUUUGGACAUCCCUGCAUCCCAUGCAAAGCCUUCAUCCACAUUCUGGCAUCUUAUUCAAUUCCAUACACACUUGUCUUUAAUUUGAUCAAUCUUUGGAGUGUAAUAUAUAAAUGUGCACAUACUGUACUUGAAUAUACUGUGUAUGAUACUUCACAUGGAAGUGUGUAUAUCUGUACAUAAUAAGCACAGCAGUAGGAUGUAUAGGUUGUAUUAUCCUUACGUCAUUUUAGUCGCUAGAAGCGUGGUCUUUAGGCUUUCGGUGUGCCUGUACCUGCGAGUGCUUUGACCUUUUAUUUUCUAGGUUAUUUCCUGCAAGGCCUUCCAUGUGUGCUGCAGUGUGAGUACACUAGCGUGACCCUGCAUGCCAACUACUAGUUGUCGAUCUUUGUGUCAUUGCAGUUUCAUUUUUAAUACUUUUAAUUUUUUGGGUUUGUUUAAAACGCCUUCAGUGUCACAAAGUGCUGAGUAAGCCUUGCACAUUUCAAACCGACACAGCAUUUCUGCUAUUUAUGUUUGCAGACUCAAAUAUAUAUACUUGGUAUGACACGUGCAAUGGUUUAAUCCCCGCUCUCUUUUCUCUUUCCAGCGAAGGCCAUGUAGGCCCAAGUCCCAAAAAUCCGUUGGCUUGGUUUUGUGUUGUGCAUGUGUGUUUUGGGGCAGCACACUUACAGUACAUGAGCUGCAUGUCAGAAAAGUGAAGACAGAGCUGGUUGAUUUGGAAUAAAUGUCCUCAUCGGUCCUUCCGUCCUUGUGCAUGAAGAGCCAACCAAGAACGCUAACAGCUUUCAUGCCUCAUUUGACCUGAACAUCUUAGUACUGUUUUGGUGCAUGUCUGCUCAAUCUGCUGCCUUGUGUAAUAGAGAAUGUCAAGAUUCAUGGCUACGAGUGUUUAGAUAUGCGUAAAAACAGUCGAUCUUUCCUAAGGAAAUGCUUUUAUGGGCUAUUUUAAAAACCAAGACAUGGAGCAGAUGCAGUGGUUACCACUGCUCUGAUUGUUUGUCACAUGAACUUUGGAUUCAGGUAAAUAAAAUUAAGUUUCAUGAA